CUCUUCCUUCUUUUGUUUUUCCAUUCUCCCUUUUAUCAUGUCUAGAUUACUUUUUGGAAGUUUCAAACCUCAAUACCAACGUCAUUUUAAUCGAUCUGCUAUACGUUUAUUUACGAAUGCUCAACAGUAUGAUGCUCUUGUAAUUGGUGCCUAUACGGACGGAAAGAAUGUCGUGUUACCAGCCGCCAAAGAUAUUACUUCUGCCACUCAGUCUCGUUUGACCGAACAAUUAAUUGUUUCUAACUUCAAAAAAGCAGGUGAUGUACGUAUACUUUAUAAUAUCGGUGGUGUUCAACAAGUUGCUGUGGUAUCUCUUGGACCUGUACCUUCAACAAGCAAUAAAACAAAUCCAAUCACUCGUCGUGCUCAAGUCUUGGAAACAGCUCGGAACGCGACAGCAUUAGGUAUUCAAGCAUUAAAGGAACGUCAAGUGAAAACUGUUGGUGUAGAUAUCUCAGUGAGUGGACAUGGAGCAGCUGAAGGUGCAAUAUUAGCCCAAUUUUCAUUUGACAAACUCAAAAUGGAAAAAUCACGUCAAGCAGAAAUGCAAGUACUUCCUUUCUCCACUACAACCGAUGACAAUGAUCAGGAUGAUUUGAACUGGGAAUCUGGGCAUAUCUAUGGUACUUCUCAAAAUCUGGCGCGUAUGCUUAUGACUUCUCCUUCCAAUUUGAUGACUCCCAAAUUAUUCUCAGAAGAGGUGGCCUACUUAUUGGCUGGUCUUGAAAACACUGAAGUCAUUGUUCAUGAUGAAGAAUGGGCUGCUAAACUCAAUAUGAAUUCUUUCUUAUCCGUUGCAAAAGGAAGUCAAGAACCUCUACGAUUUUUAGAAAUUCGUUAUAAUGGUGGUCAUCCUGAUGAAAAGCCAUAUGCACUUGUUGGUAAAGGUGUAACAUUUGAUGCGGGAGGUAUUUCCUUGAAACCAUCCAACAAUAUGGCAUUAAUGAAAGGAGAUAUGGGAGGUGCUGCUACCGUUGCUGGGGCUAUGUAUGGUAUUAUCAAGAUGGGGUUACCUGUGAAUGUGGUUGCUGUUACACCUUUAUGUGAAAAUAUGCCAGAUGGAAAAGCUACUAAACCAGGGGAUGUGAUCAAGGCCAUGAAUGGAAAAUCAAUUGAAGUGAUUGAUACGGAUGCUGAAGGACGAUUGAUUUUGGCGGAUGCUUUGUACUACCUCAGUUCUACUUAUUCACCAAGAAGUAUCAUUGAUCUGGCUACAUUGACAGGUGCUAUGGAUGUUGCCUUGGGUGAAGUUCAUGCUGGUGUGUUUACAAAUUCAAAUGAACUUUGGAGACAAUUGAAUGUGGCAGGUGAAUUGGUAUCGGAUCCAUUCUGGCGUAUGCCUCUUCACAAAGGUUAUCUCAAGGAAAUGCAACAAUCUACAGUGGCAGAUUUUAAUAAUCUUGGUAAAGGACGAUCUGGUGGUGCUUGUUCAGCAGCAGCUUUUUUGAAGGAAUUUGUGGCAGGAUUGGAAUCGGAUAAUGAUCAAGACAAAGAACAUCAUCAAGAUAGUGUGGAUUGGGCUCAUAUUGAUAUUGCAGGUGUAAUGGAUAGUCAAACUACUCAAGGAUAUCAUAUUAAAGGAAUGAGUGGACGACCUACUAGAGCUUUGAUUGAAUAUAUUCGACUUGGUAGCAAUGAUCAAUGAUUACUAUAUAAUAUUUUGUUAUUUAUUGAAAUGAUGAAAUAAAAGAUUAUUGGUGGUACAAAAGUUA